GCAGAGGGCAGGACAUAUCUUCGCUUGAAAUCACUAGGUAAUGGAUUCCUAUACACUUGCAAUCUUCACUUUGAUUCUCUUAAUAUGCAUCCAUGGCCUUUUUAGCCUCAAAAAAAGGAAAAGACUCCCACCAGGACCAAGAGGCCUUCCCAUCGUUGGAAACCUCUUAGCAAUAGGUGCCAGGCCCCACGAGUCCCUAACCAAGCUAGCCAAAAUCCAUGGCCCCCUCAUGACUAUUCAACUAGGCUUCAACACCACCGUAGUUGCUACCUCCGCAGAAAUGGCCAGAGAAAUCCUCCAGAAAAACGAUCAAGCAUUCUUGGGUAGGCCUAUUCCACACGCGGUUACUGCAGAACACAAUUAUGAACUAUCCAUGGCAUGGUUAUCCGGUGGUCCGAAAUGGAGAAGCCUAAGAAAAAUAUGCAACAGCCAGGUCUUCACCCCUCAAAGACUUGAUGCGCUGCAAGGUUUACGAAAUCAAAUGAUGGAUGGUAUGAUCAAGUCCAUCACCGAAGCUAGUGAAGCCAAAGAACACAUCAAUAUUGGAAGGUUAGUGUUUGGAACAACGUUAAAUUUGCUAUCUAACUCCAUGUUUUCUGUUGAUAUAUUGGACACCAAAUCCAAUGCUAUUCAAGAAUUGAAACAACUUAUUGGAAAAAUAAUGGAGCUGUCAGGAAAGCCAAAUCUGUCAGAUUUUUUUCCUUUCUUGAAACCAUUCGAUCCACAAGGUAUCAAGCUAGAAAUCAAGAUUUCUUAUGAUCAUAUGCAUAGUUUGCUUGAUGAGAUUGUUGGUCAGCGUCUGAAGAGAAGAAAGUCCAGUUUAGAAAGAUACGGUGAUUUCUUGGAUGUCCUUCUUGACCAAAGCCAAGAGUACUGUGGCUCAGAGGACUUCAGCCACGAAGAUGUCAUAAUUUUACUUUCGGACUUGUUCAUUGGGGGAACAGACACGACUACAACUACUUUGGAAUGGGCAAUGGCUGAGUUGCUCCACAAUCCACAUAUAAUGGCCAAGGCAAAGCAAGAGCUUGUCGAAAAAAUUGGAAUAGGAAAAACCAUGGAAGAGAAAGAUGUUAUAAGGCUUCCAUAUUUACAAUCAGUUCUUAAAGAAACAAUGAGGCUGCACAUGACAGCUCCUCUGCUCUUGCCUCACCGUGCAGAAAUCGACACAGAAAUUUGUGGUUACACCAUCCCUAAGCACACCCAAGUGUUUGUGAACGCAUGGGCAUUGGCCAGAGAUCCCCAAUACUGGGACGACCCAACGGAGUUUCUCCCAGAGAGGUUCAUGAAAUCUGAAGUUGACUUCAGAGGGACAAAUUUCCAAUUUCUUCCAUUUAGUUCUGGAAGAAGAAUUUGCCCUGGACUGGCUCUAGGUGUUAGAAUGAUGAGUUCAUUGCUGGCUUCCCUCUUUCACCAUUUUGACUGGCAGCUGCCCAAUGGUUUGGAGCCGAAGGCAAUGGACAUGACUGACAGAUUUGGUACGACUCUGCAGAAGGCCACUCCUCUCAUCGCCAUUCCCCUGGUGGUUGAAUAGUUGGUUGAUGAUAAAUGUUGACAGCUAUUAUAAAAUAAUUUCCAUGUAUUUAAUGCUACUGGGUUGCCUAAGUAUCUGGCAACUUUUUGCGUGGUUGAGCGAUAAUCUGUCAUAUUAUCGAUGAUGUGAUCGGUCACAGUUUAUUGCUCUUGCUUCCAUGCAUGAUGUUGCUCUAUUGUUGACAAAAUAAUUUUCAUGUCAUCUCGUUUGUUUU